CGGUAAAUGGUCGCGUGCACACGUCACUUCCAGUCGAAACUCGUGACCAAUACAAAGCACUGCAUGUUCGAAUAUCAUUCUAUACUGAAGGAACUGAAUACUUGUACUGCACUCCUCUCAUCAUGUCAACUUCAUUCUCGUCACUUCCUUUCGUCGAUCUCUCCGCACUUUCUUCGUCAACCAAUCCUGAGGAAAACCACAAACUCGGCAAGCAAUUGUAUGAUGUCUUCUCGACCACUGGCUUUGCGUAUCUUGUAAACACUCCGUUGAGCUUUAGCCAUGGCGAAGUCCUGGACCUUGCACGGGAGUUCUUCUCUCUGCCAAUGGCGACCAAGAUGGAGGUGGCCAAGCAUGCUUUCAAGAAAGACAACACGAAUACAUACCAUGGGUACUUCCCACCUCAGCCGGGCAGCCCCGACAACCUCAAAGAAGGGUUUGAGAUUGGCCCUUCCGAGCCACCGUCCGACCCGGCGGCUGUACUUCACCGCGACAUCAAUCUGAAUGAAGCAAACGUGUGGCCGGCAGAAUCAGCGUACAAGUCACGGCACAAGCUCGAAAAGCUUCAUGGCGAGCUGCAAGCAUUGUCCUACCAACUCCUCUCGCUCCUCGCAGUAUCACUCGGAAAACCAGCGGAGCACUUUGCGCACUACCUACAGCACUCAAUCAGUACACUCCGACUGCUUCACUAUCCGCCACAAGAGAUCAAGACAGCGAAUACUGCACGGGAUGAGCAAGAAGCGCGAUUGUGCUGUACGCCUCACACAGACUCCGGUAUACUGACCUUGCUGCACCAGGACGCAACAGGGGGGCUAGAGGUUCUCAAUGCGGCAGGAGCGUGGAUCCAGGCUCCGUAUGUUGCUGACUCGAUUGUGGUCAACAUUGGAGACCUCAUGGCUCGGGUUUCAGGGGGACGGUUUGUUGCGACGAUGCAUCGAGUGAAGGCUUCAAUUAGGGGACAGGGUGUCGGUCGCAUGGGCAGGUUCAGCGUGCCUUUCUUCUUUGAGCCAGGUGAGAAUUGCGUGAUCAAGAGCGUGGACGGCGAUGAUGAGGGCGUACUGUAUGGACAUCACGUGCGGGCGAAGAUGAGCUCGUGGGUCGAGUUUCAGGGGCAUGAAGAUGGAGAGGAGAGAUUGCCGGGGCGAUACUGACUGUUGGAGCGUUAAUGCCUUAAUGCCUUAAUGCCUUACUGCCUUGUUAUGUGACCACCUCAACGUCGUAUUGCCUUGGUGGUAAUUAAUUAGUAGGU